AUGGAAAAUCCUUAUGAGAAAGUGCAAACAAAUAUACUGUCGAGAAUAAUUGCCAAUGUGGAGAGACUUAAUCAAAGUGUAACAACAAUGAACCAAGAAUUGUCGGGUAUAAACGGCAAAAACAAGAAUAUUGAGAUUAUAGGGCAGAUAUGUGAAAACUAUAAUAAUAGUAUUCAGUUUAACCUCGAGGCCACAGGUAACAAAAGGCCACCAUUCUAA